AUGCUGACCGGCCAAGCCUGCUCAUAUGAUUCGGGGACAAGACCCCGAGAAACGCCCACACAGAGGAUCCGGAAGCUGGAGGCAUGCAUACGGUCCACGCGGACAGCUCUUAUGCGACUGAAAGCGGAAACUCCAGAAUCUAGCAACGGCGACAUCGAUUCAGUAAUCAGUUCCCUAGACACCUCAUACCCCGAGCCAGGGGAUGGCGAGUCGAGCGCGGACGAAGACGAUGCGAAACACCGCCGCUUGAACGGCAUGAUGGGAAGUGCUGGGCGCAUCAUUUCGCAUUCCCCGUCGCAAACGACGUACUAUGGCCCAUACUCCGGAUACGCCUUCAUCUUCAAGACAGUCGAGCUCUUUCGACGAACGCCGGACAACCCGCUCUUGACCACGGAAACGCAAAACAUUACGGCGACCUUGUUCAACGCUCCCAUGCCCGAAGGUGAUGGGGGUCCGCACUACUCCUCGCAGUUCCAGAGUCUACCCAGUCUCUCUAUCACCCUGAGUCUUCUGGACGUGGUCUUCACGAGAUGUCAUCCACUCAUCCAGUUCGUCCACGAGGCUGAUUUCCGAGACAUGGUGCACCGGUUGUACAGUGAAUCGGCGUUGCAGUUUGGGGCGUCGAGCCGUGAUUUUAUGCCCCUGUUCCACUCGGUCCUCAGCAUCGCAUUGCUUUUCGAGACGCGAUUGCGGAAAAAGCAUGGAUGCGACGACAUAGCUCAUGAAGCUACGAGACAUUUCAUCCUGGCACGGAAAGAACUCGACAUCGCACAAUGCGCUGAUCUCAUAUCCAUGCAGACGAUACUUUGUCUAAUCACCUUCUUGGUCACCACGUCCCGGUUGACUUCGGCCUACACCUAUCUUGGCAUUGCUUGUACAUCGGCACUAAGGCUUGGUCUGCACAAAGAGAUUGGCAAGGACAUGUCCUUGGCGGGAACACAACAAGAGGCGAGACUACGAAUCAUGCUGGCUGUUCUACAGCUCGACACCUUUGUGAGCAUCGUGCUGGACAUGCCCACUCGCAUUAAUCCUGGGUGUGUGGACCCAGCAGUCCUCGCAGCAUUACAGCCUCCAUCCACGAAGAAGUUGGCCAGCCCAACUGAGACUCUCUCCGAUCCUCAAGCCAAGUACGCUACCUCCGCAAGGCACAUGCAACUACUGGCUCUCACAGCCUCCGGUCUCCGAGACAUUUUCGUCCACGGCAACAGCAAAGAGAAACCCACCAACGGCCCAAACAUCGAUAGCGUUGACACCAAAAAGAUGGCAGAGACUGAAGAUGCAUUUCGGAAAUGGGCCAAAGCCCUAUCUGGCGUACCUCCCAUCCCACAAAAGCCUGAAAUGUCUGCAAUCCUCAAGUACGAACUAGAGAUGGCCUUCUAUCUCGGGCAAUUCAUCCUCUACCAACCAUUCCUACACUAUCUCAUCCAGAUGGCCAACGGCCUACCUAUUAUCAAAAUACAAUCCCAACAUGCCUUGGCCUGCAUCAAAAUUGCCUCGACGACGAUAACCCGCUCGGAGAUCAUGCAUCAACGUGGUCUCCUGGCCCCGGCGUCAUGGAGCGUCAUGUACACGCUGUUUCAGGCGGUAAUGUGCCUCUUGUUCCUCAUCGCGACUCACAACGGCACGUCACGACCAAGCGAGGCCUGGAAGAAAGGCGAACUGGGCAUAAGACUUCUGGCGACGAUGCGCUGCUUCGACAACGGCGCGGUCCGGUGUCUUUGGAUCAUCAAGAUGGUCAUCAAACAACUCUCCCACACCGUUCAAUUCGACGUCGACCAAAUCGUCGCCGCAACGGGCUGUCUCUGUCCCUGCAGCCGCACGGCUCUUCUCUCUCCAGAAUCUCUCGAUCGACGUCCCUCUCGCGAUCAACACCCCGACAUCACCAUGACCACUGGGAGUGGGGGCGGCGCAAGUGGCUACGCCACGCCCGAAACACCACACGACGCACGAGCGUAUCCGCCGUCCGUGUGGAGCCGGCCAGGCAUCGAGCAGCUUAUGAUUAUGAAUCAGGAUUCCCCGCGGCAUGAUGCGGAUUAUAUCCUCGCCGAGGCUCAGGCGAUCGCCAUGACGUUGCCGAUUGACAACAUGGAUAUAUUUAACUUUGGCGAAUCUUCGUGA